ACGUAUGCUGAGGUCUUUGUUCAAUAUUUCCUUACUCAUUUGAAUUCAGGUUCUUCAGCUUCUCAGAAGUUUCCUGUAGGAUUCCAAAAUGUUGACAAUAUCAAUAUCUUUGAUCUGGGGUUUUGUUGUAGCUGUUUGUUGUUGCUUAUGGCUUAUUAUUGGAAUAAGGAGAAGGCGAUUAGGAGAACCACCUCUGGACAAUGGGCUAAUUCCAUAUGUAGGCUGUGCUUUGCAGUUUGGAGCUAAUCCACUUGAAUUUCUCAGGACAAAAAAAAGGAAAUAUGGUCAUAUUUUUACAUGCAAACUAAUGGGAAAAUAUGUACAUUUUAUUACCAAUCCUUUUUCAUACAAUACAGUAUUGCGGCAUGGAAAAUACUUUGACUGGAAAAAAAUUAACUACGCUACCUCUGCAAAGGCAUUUGGGCACAGAAGCAUUGAUCCCAGUGAUGGAAAUACUACUGAAAAUGUACAUGAGACUUUGAUUAAAACCUUGCAGGGAGAUGCCUUGAAUUCCCUCACUGAAGCCAUGAUGGAAAAUCUCCAGUAUGUCAUGAAGCCAUCAGUUCUUUCCAAAACAAAUCCUGACAGCUGGGUGACAGAGGGCAUGUGUUCCUUCUGCUACAGAGUGAUGUUUGAGGCGGGUUAUUUAACUCUCUUUGGCAAAGAUCUUACAAGGCAAGAAGUACAGAGAACAUUCAUCCUAAACAGCCUUAAUAACUUCAAGCAAUUUGACAAGAUAUUCCCAGCCUUGGUGGCAGGGCUUCCAAUCCAUGUGUUUAAGAAUGCUCAUAAUGCAAGGGAGAAAUUGGCUGAAACGCUGAGGCAUGAAAAUCUACAGAAGAGAGAUAAUAUCUCAGAACUGAUCACUACUCGCAUGUUCCUGAAUGACACAUUGUCAACCUUUGAUGACAUGGAGAAGGCAAAAACUCACCUGGCCUUACUUUGGGCAGCUCAAGCUAAUACACUCCCUGCUACUUUCUGGUGCUUAUUUCACACAAUAAGGAGUCCAGAAGCAAUGAAGACAGCUACUGAAGAAGUCAGAAAAACUUUAGAAAAUUCUGGUCAAAAAAUUAGUUUUGAAGGCAAACCUAUAAGCCUGAGCCAAAUGCAGCUAAAUGAUAUGCCAGUACUAGAUAGUAUAAUCAAGGAGGCUUUAAGACUUUGCAGUGCAUCUUUGAACAUCAGAGCUGCUAAAGAGGAUUUCACUUUGCACUUAGAGGAGGGGUCAUAUAGCAUAAGGAAGGAUGACAUAAUAGCUUUUUAUCCCCAACUGCUGCACUUUGAUCCAGAAAUCUACCCUGAUCCUUUGGUUUUCAAAUAUGACCGUUACCUUGAUGAAAAUGGAAAACCAAAGACCAACUUCUAUUAUAAUGGCAUCAAGCUGAAAUAUUACUACAUGCCCUUUGGAUCAGGACUGUCAUUGUGUCCUGGAAGAUUGUUUGCUGUCCAUGAAAUCAAACAAUUUUUGAUUCUCAUGCUUUCUUAUUUUGAAAUGAAACUUGUUGAUAGUCAAGUUAAAUAUCCUCCUUUAGACCAGUCUCGUUUAGGUUUGGGCAUUUUACCACCAACAAAUGAUAUUGAUUUCAAAUACAAACUAAAACACCUGUGAUUGUUUUACUGAAAGGAGAAGAGAACACUAAGUGAUGUUAUAAGUCUAGAAAAAGCCAUUGCUUCCAGCCAAUCUGAUGGCAGGCAGAAUAAACAAUGUUGGACUAUAGUCCAACUAUAGUACAGUAGGAACAGUAGGAUGUGGAGCUGGAUUUGUAUCUGAGCCUCAACUCCAUAUUUACUACUUGUUUGGCCAUCAACAAGUAAAUUAUUCACUCUCUAAUUCAAUUCCCUCAUUUGCAAGAGGGGGAAGGGAUAUUGCAAAAAGUGAUUUCAAAGUUCUCUUCAAGCUUUAAAUUUGGGUGACAAGAUGGGCUCAAGUGUUUCAAUAAUUCUGUUUUUAUUUACUAGUACUUGCUAAUAAAGUACGAUAUCUGAAGAAUAAUUUUAGAUAUAGUAUAGAAUUGUGUUUCUACAGAGAAUAGUUUACAACUAUUCUUGUUUAAAUUGAUAGAUCAACUUUCUUUCAACCAAGGCCUAUAUUUUAUUCAAAGGGAGAAGGAGCAGAAAAUUAGUAUUUUUUCAGGAGGAAGGAGUUGCAGUUGGUUGAGGAUUUUUUUUUUCCUAAGGAAACUCCUUUUUGUUUAUACAAAAUCAAUUUUUUAAACAAAUUUUUUGCAAAAUUUUUUACAAAAAUCAGCCAACCAUUAUUUAGAAAAACAAAAAACAAAUAUGAAAAGCAAUUCACGUUUUAGUGAAACUAGCCAUCUGGCACGCUGGUUGCUUCUUCAGCUGUGAAAACAAUUUUUACAAAGGUUAAAAUCAGAUAUUAAAGCUAAGUGAAAAAAUGUCUUUCAACUGUCUUUGGAUCUUAAAAAUUAAGGCAACGUAAUUUUAGUUUUAAAAAGAUGAUUUCAAUGUACUAAUAACAUUGAACUUUGUUGUAACAUAUUUUCUUUCAUUAUGUAUUAAUUUAUUUUUUCAGGAAUACCUAGUAAACAGGUAUAAGUGAUAAUAUCUCACUUAUUCUUAUAUUUGAACCAAUUUUGGCAAGGAGAAUUCUUUAGAAAAUAAAAGACAAUUUCAUUUUUCUCUUCAAUGAAAAAAGCAUGUGGCUUUCAAAUAGUGUUUUUUGAAGGUGAAUAAGCCAGUCCAUUUUAAGUCUGUGGCUAUAAAAAUACCAUGAAGAUAAAAAUCACUUAUUUUUAAAAACUUAGUUUUUAGAUUUCAUUUUAUCAUUUUCUACUGCUAAAUUAAAAGAUGUAGUAUAAGUAAAAACAUGAUAAUUUGUGACUAUGGAUAAUAGUGUUUUAACUAUUGUGUAUAACUUAGAUUUGAUUUAAUAUUUUAAGUAUCAACUAUUAUCUAUGAUGGUGUUAUUCCUCUAUGUGUAUAUAUCUAUGUAUAAUUUAUACUUAGUAUAUUUCUUGUAUAUUGUACAGAAAAUUUAAGAAAAUGACAAAAGUGUAUUUUUCUGAAAUGACAUUCAUUUUAACUUGUAUGAGUUCAUUAAAACUCAUUA